AUGGCGAUACUUGUCUGUGGUCGUCUCAUUGUCGCUGUCCCAGUGCACGCUAGUGAGAUGGCUGAAGCCUCCACGCUUGGUAUGCUGUUUGGUCUGUUACAAUGGAUGUUGAGCUGGGGAGGUCUUGUUGCCCAGUGGCUGGGUGAUGGGUGCUCCUUGUUGAGACUUCCUUUGAAUGUGAAUAUUCGCUUCGAAUAA